AGACACAUAGAAGAUGACGAAUACGAUGAAGCAGGUAGUACCGAAAAUUUAGGUUUAGACAUCAUAAAACAGCUAAAGAAAAACGAAAAGAAAAAUAUUGAGGAAAGGUGUCGUGACGUAUUGCGCAAUGAGGCAGAAAACGUAAAGCAAAACAUCAAAUUUGGAGAAAAAAUUAUCAAAGAAACAGCAGAAAUCAUCACAGAUCUCUGGGAACUAACUUUAGAAGAUCGCUGGAAGUUUUAUCGUUUCUGGGUCUCCGAGUAUAUAGAAUCAGAAAAACAACAACUGAUAGACACUGAAGAACUUAUCAGUGCAUUGUUUGAUAGAUACAAAAAAGCUAAACUUCAAAUUGAUGAACUGAUUAUGAGCAAAGCAUCUGUUAUUGCACUGACAACAACGGCUGCAGCCCGAUAUUACGAUUCUCUAGCAAAACUGAAACCAACAAUUACAAUUAUAGAGGAGGCUGCUGAAGUAUUGGAAGCACAUAUUGUUACAGCCCUCAGUCAAAAUUGUCAACACGUCAUUCUUAUAGGUGACCACAAACUACUGGAACCUAAACCAGCUGUUUACGAACUUGCAGUUAAAUUCAAUUUGUCGGUCUCUCUUUUUGAAAGAAUGAUAAAUAACGAUUUACAUUAUUAUUUCCUGCAAAGACAACAUAGAAUGAGACCUGAUAUUGCAGAUCUGGUCAGACAUAUUUAUCCUACUUUGGCAGACAACGAAAAUGUAACUUAUUACGAAGAUGUUGGAGGAAUUCGACAGAAUCUUUACUUUAUCAACCAUUCGAGCCCUGAAGUUUACAGCGAUGAUGGAAGAAGUUAUUCCAAUGAAUUCGAAGCUGAAUAUGCAAAAUAAUUAUGCAGAUAUUUGUUGAACCAAGGCUACAAGCCUAGUCAAAUAACGAUUUUAGCAGCCUAUUCAGGUCAGAUGUAUUGUAUUCAAAAGAAAAUGCCUAAAGCAGAAUUUGAAGGUGUCACCAUAUGUGUUUUAGACAACUAUCAAGGCGAAGAAAAUGAAGUCAUCAUCUUGUCCUUAGUUAGAAGCAAUCAGAACGAGGGUAUAGGGUUUCUUAAUAAAGAAAACAGGAUAUGCGUUGCAUUAUCUCGAGCCAAGAAGGGACUGUACAUCAUAGGCAACAUUGAUACUCUGACAAAGAAAUCCAAACAUUGGCAGGUUAUAUCUAAUAAACUAAAAAGUAAAAACGGCAUCGGCAAAGGUUUGUUUUUGUAUUGUCAAAAUCACCCCGAAAAGCAGGAAAUUCAAGCAAUAUCUCCAUUGGACUUCCUAAAAGCCCCCGAUGGUGGAUGUGGUAUUCUCUGUGAGUUUAGGCUGGAUUGUGGUCAUGCAUGCCGAUUUAGAUGUCACAAUUUUGAUAGGGAUCAUACCGAAUAUAAAUUUAUGAAAAACUGUCCAAAGACAUGUCCGAACGAACACCAAUGCCGUAGAAGAUGUCACGAACCCAAUCCAUGUGAAUGCUCUGUAAAAAUAGAAAAACAACUUCCAUGUGGACAUAUUAACCUAGUAAAAUGUUAUAUGGAGCCCUCGGAGCAUAAAUGUUAUACAGAAGUAGAGAGACUUCUCAAAUGUGGCCAUACCUCUUUAAUGCCUUGUCACACAAAAGUUGACAGCUUUAAGUGUAAAGAAAAAGUAAUCGAUACGAGAUCUAAAUGCAGUCAUGAAUACGAAAGAGAAUGUCACGAAUCUAAGCGUGUAUUCGAAGAUAAAAUCAAAUGCUUGAUAAAAACAGAAAAGACCUUCAAGACGUGCAAACACAAGAUUAUUGUAGGAUGUCAAACUGAUUUUGAUAAAAUAAAAUGCAAGGAGUCCGUCACAAAGAAAUUCAACUGCGGACAUACGGUUGAAGUAGAUUGCUAUCUAGCAAAAAAUGUAACUUGCAAAGAAAAAUGUACAAAGGUUUGCGACAAACUUCAUGUAUGUAAUGGGAUAUGUCAUUAUCCUACUCCAUGUAAUUGUUCCGAAAUUAUAGAAAGAGUCAUAUCCGGAUGUCAGCAUGUACAGAAAAUGUCUUGUUCAGAGGACUUGAACACGUUUGAAUGUUUGGAAAUUGUACACAAAACCUUACCAACAUGUGGCCAUAUAAACAAGGUAGAAUGCUAUAAAAAUCCAAAGCAUAUUUAUUGUUCAUUUGAUACUAAAAAGAAAAUGCCGAACUGUCAACACGAACAAAUCCUUCCAUGUAGUACAGAUCCGGUAUUAGACCAUGUCCGGUGUAUGUCGGACGUUGACGUAUACUUAAAAACAUGUGGACAUUCUCUCAGCGUUAAGUGUUGGGAAUCAAAAGAGGAAAGGGAAGAAUCGGCUUUACAAUGCAAUGUAGCAGUUCCGUAUACGUAUCCGUCAUGUAACCACACAACAAAUAUCCCAUGUAGUAUGAAACAAGUCAUCGAUAAAAUCGAUACUGCAGAAAAAGCAAUGAAUACAAAUGAUAUACCUUUAUGUUGUCAUCACAUUUGCUCCCAUCCGAAUCAGUCAACUGGAAUUUCCGAUGAAUCACAGAAAAUGAUGAGCGCAGAGGAACAAGAAGACUUUCCAACUUUGACUAAAAUUGAUAAGAAACCAGAAGGCAAUCUCAAAUUUUACUGUCCAAAGAAAGAUAAUCCGACCAUAGCAACAACAAAACAACAGACACGAAAGAAGAGACGAUGA